AGGAGAGUGCUCUAGGACACCAUAAAGUCUAUUGGGGCAUAAUUGAUGCUGUGCUUAUGGAUGUUUGCACGCUGAGGUUAGAUACACCUUUCUCAUAAUUUUUGUUUGUUAAGCGUUGCCUUUUUUAGCAAAAAUGUCUAAUAUGUUUUCUCUCUUCAUAGCAAACAUAAGUUCGCCUUUCCUUAUCCCUUGGUGGCCAUCGUAUGAAAAGCUUUUCUUUAUGGAAACUGUUGGUAGACAUUGCCUUAUUUAAUCCUUUUUUAUGCAAAUGGAGGGUAAUACUUAAACCUUUAUUGACGGUAUUGUUUCGUCACAAAAGACAAGAAGAAGUUUGUUUGUAUAAACUCGCUUUAGUUCGAGUUAGAGUCGAACGCUUUCUCCUCACGUCUUCUCAGUCAGCUUCUCAUAAGUGUCAUUGUCUAAAGGAUGAGGAUAGAAGGGAGUGUUGCGUUGGUUACAGGAGCCGCUUCAGGUAUCGGGAGAAGUGUCUGUGAGAAAUUGCUCGAACUCGGAGCCAAGGCUUAUGCGAGGCCGCACCUGUGAGAAUCUAACAAGGGUCUAGUUCCAAGAAAGUCAGAGAGUUAUCGCUAAGAUCCUUAUCAAGCCCUUAUUUAAAACUGACCCUUUAUCCACGAACGGCAACCUGUCUGGUUUUCUAGACAAGUCGAUGGUUCAAAACCUUUCCGUAACAAUACCAUCCUCAUGGUUGUUUUUGGUCGUUUUUGCAAGCGCCAUUCAGAUCUGUUAUGGCUCGGUGGGGGGGGGGGGGGGGGGGGGUAGGGGUUUUCCAGUAGACGGGGGUUAUAGUCCCAUCUUUUAGGGUAUAGGCAAUUUAGACCAACCGCCAUCCUUUAGGGGGUGUUAAAUGAUUUUUCCGAUUUUGCCAUCUCUUAGGGUAUAAAAUUCGACCAACUGCUGUUCCAAAGGAGAUAUUUAACGUUUUUUCUCCGAUUCUGUAAUCUCUUAGGGUAUAAAAUUCAAUUGCUAUUCCUAAGGGGGACGUUUUUUUUACGAUCCUUCCAUCUCUUAGGGGUAAAGAAGUGGCAUCCCUUGCGGUUAAAAUCGAUUCUGCCGAAGAUCACCCCGUCUGGUUUUAUCAGAGUGCCGCCCCCCUCCCCCACCCCGGGUGGCAUGGGCAAAGACAGGCCCCCUUCGUCAUCCAACCAUCGUCUACGCUGUCUGCAUGUUGAUCUUUUCCCCGUAAGAACAAGUGAUCAAGUCGUGCUAGUGGAUCUGCAAAAGAAAGCCGGAAAUGACGUCACGUGUCUACUACAGAAUAAACAUGGCAGUGGGUCCGUCUCGUUCAUUUCCUGCGACGUGUCAAAUCAAGACCAGUUGAAAGAUGCCUUCUGGGAGACUGUAUCCACACACGGACAUCUGGAUAUCGUAUUCAACAACGCGGGGAUUUUAGAUGAGGAGCGAUGGAGCAAGACCCUGGACGUUAACUUGGUGAGACUUUACCUACACCCGACAAGGGGAGCUGUUGUCCACGGGACGCUUCUUGGAAUCGAGCACAUGUCGGAGGGAGGAGUCAUUAUCAAUACUUCAUCUACGGGAGGCCUUCAUCCCGCGUCUUUCUGCCCGGUCUAUUGUGCCUCCAAGUUUGGUGUUGUUGGAUUUACACGAAGUAUAGCUCCGUCUGCUCUACAAAAGAAGGGGAUAAGAGUGAACUGCGUGUGUCCUGGGAGCACUGAUACAAAGAUAUUCGAUGCUAUGGUGGUGGACUUAUCCGAAAAACAAAAGGAGCUGAGAGACAAUCUCCCGAGGCAAUCACCCGAAGAAGUCGCUAAAGCAGUCAUCAGCUUGAUCAAAGAUGACACGGAUAACGGACAGGUUGUCAAGGUUACCUAUGAACAUGGACCUGAGUACAUCGACUACCAAGAUGUUGUUGUUUGACAAGAUUCUUUAGACGACGCGAGCUUCUAUUAUAACACUCUACAAUUUUAUAGAGGUUGAUAGAAUGGUCUUCAAUCCGACAAAAAUGCCUGGCUAGAAAUAUGUAUUGAUAGAAUAUCUUUGUAAAAUAUUCAAGCCAUGCCAUGUCUUGUAAAACAAACGGUCUUUAUUUCUAUACUGUUGUGAUGUCAGAGCUUUCCCAUAUUUGCUUGUUUAUUAUUCGUAUUUGUUUGUCGUUCAUAACGUUUUAUGCAAUAAAAUGUCAAACGUUUAGCACUUA